GUGCAUUUUCUGGUCCAAAAUGGCGGAAGUUGGAAGUUUGCAAGUGGACCACAGUUACAAACGUGUUGUAGAAAGCUGGUUUCCCGACUUAUUCCAAAAGGAACAACCAAAAACCAAAGUGAUCGAUGCGGGGGAAAGAAAAGGAGACGUCGGGAAGAACGGAAGGCAGUCUGAGAGUACCAGUGGUGAGAAGCCCUCCUUAAAGCAGAAGAAGAAGCAGACUGUUCCCAUGGCAACCAAGAUAGGCAGCCUGGUGGAGGGGAAGAUUCUUCCCAAGCUGAAGAAAAGACAACAGGUGCAUCAGCAGGAAAAGAAAGGAAAUAAAGUCCCUUCAGCAGACAGCAAUGAUAGUAAAGACGAGGACAGUAAGCUGACGUCCCUGUCUCAGUCCCAGAGGAAACAGCCUGACGGUCAGCAGCAGGGGGGACAGCAGAAGCUGUCCAGGAAUCAGGUCAGGAGGAUGAAGAAGAGACAGAAGAAGGAGCAACAAGCAGCUGGAACACAAGAGGUGCCAGAGCCAGUGACAGGACAGUUCCCCACCUUAGAGAACCUCUUGCAGAGUCCGUCCAAGUUGUCACAGGGAAAAGUGGGAGGCAUUCAGCAAACCAAGGAGAAAGAGCAGCAAAGGCAAGAACAGUCUUUGACAGAGUCGCCAAAACCUUCUGAACAAACAGCUGAGGCAAAAGAGGACCAGGCUUGUAGUCCAGCCACAGGUAAGAAAAACAAAAGGAAAAGGUCACAUGCUACACAGGAUCAGCCUUCUCCAAAUCUGCCGGUUCGUCCUAAGCCAGACAGUCCUGGUUUAAGUAGAACUGAAGAAGCUCAGUCAAGAAAUGACACAGGAGAGAAAGAAAUAAGUCAAGAUGCAACUGUUCUAGUGUCAAAGAAAAGGAAGAGGAAAAGGCAUAAUAGUAAAUCCAAAGAAGCACCUUCUGAAGAGUCCAAGGAAGAUACAUCAGACUUCAAGAAACAGGUGAAUGUAAGUCCCGCAGGUGAUGGGGAACAGGUAGGGAAUGCUGAAGGACAGGUAAGCACACCUGGGGAAGGAAAGAGAAGGAGGAAACGGAGAAGGGCCAAGAAGGUUGCGACUCCUGAGGAGCAAGAACCACAAGGACCUGUGGAACCAUCUCCCAAGAAACCCAAACUGCAAAUAAAGGCAAAUCUGCCAGGAGGCGCUGCUAAACAGACAACAGACAAACCUAGUCCUGGUGGUCAAGGAACAAGCUCAGCUAAAACGGAAAAGAAGAAGAGAAAGACUCCUUUGGUGCAAGAGCAAGGUGGUGAAGAGAAAACAUUAAAAACAGAGGAUACCGAAGAGACACCAGCAAAGAAACAAAGACUGUCUGUGGAGAAGAAUGAAGAUGUUGAUGCCACUACAGCUGAUACACAACCAGAAGGGGGUCUGAAAAAGAGGAAGAGAAGGAGGAGAAGGAAAAGAACAACAUCUGAACAGAGUCAGUCUUCAGAGACAGAAGCCAGUACUGCAGUUAAGCCUGCCCCAAAGGAAGGGGAUACAGUCAGUUCUGCAGAACCUGAGGAUGAAUCUGUCACCACUUCGUCACCUAAGAAGAAAAAGAAAAGAAGAAGAAGUAGACAUAAGAAGGAUGUCUCACAAGAAGAAGCCUGAAGCUGUUAGGCAACCUAAAAAAGAAGCAGCAUCUUCAAGACCUUAAACAGAAGAAUGUUGUCUUCUCAGUUGAAGUAACCUCCAAGUGCCAAUAUGUAUUACACAUGUAGGUAGUGUCAAAAUUGAAAUAGAACAGAAUACUUCAGGAUCAAGUAGAUAGAAUCCUAGCAAAACCUAUGUUUAUCUGAUGCUAAUAAUGUUGCAAUAUAUCCUAAAUCUUAGUUGUCUAUUUUCAUCUUUAUUACACCUCUAAAAUUGCUUUAUAUAACAAUGCACGUAAUAUAGUAAUAGUAAUAUUAUUAAUGUUAAUCAUCACUAUUUAAUUAUUAAUCUGCCCUUCCAUUUCCCUUUGACAGACAGAUCUAGCUAGCUCUUAUAUUAAAUACACUUGAAUUAUUUAUGAUGAUAUCAUGUAUCAGCAAAUUAUUACAAAUAAUUUACAGUCAAAGGUUUUUGUAUUGAGUUCAUACUGUAUAUGAAAGAGGAAGUUAUGGAACUCUGGAAAUAGAUAGUUAUGUGUUUGUUUGGCUAAUGUUUACAUAUAUUCAGUUGAUUUAAUGUUGCCACCAUGUAGUACAGAUUUCCCUUUGUCUUGGUUAGUGUUACUGUUAGCUCUACAAAAAGUACGGUCAACGUUUGCUAUUCAGAAAACAGAUUUGAUACAUUAUUUAAAACAUUCUUAAUUUUAGUUAGGGAAAAAAUUUUUUAGAUUCUAUCAUUAUCAUUAUGAUAAUUCAUAAACUUAGAAAUGAUUUGUUUGGGUUCUGUUUCCACAGGAAUUAUUUUAUCAGGUGUGUUUUUAAAACUGACACACCAAUAAGAGUUUUAUGAUUUAUUUUAUACUUGUUUAGAGGAAGGUACUUGAGCUAAAUCUAGUUUUAAAUUAUAUUUUCACAU